AUGGGCUCCGAUGGCCCGAUGGCCCUGGACAAGGAUGCAUAUGCCAGCCUCUUAGAUGCCUCAUGGCAGAACUUCCGGCAGCAGCUAUUGGACGCCUUCCCGGAGUACGGCCUCCCCGCAUCCCCGUCACUACUCGCGGGCUCCGAGCCAGGCUCGCCCGCAAAGGAGUUCGACCCCGGCAAGGUGACCUUCACCCUGGAAGACGCCUGGCUGCCAAUGACAGAGCAGAAGAGUGACAAGAGUGACAAGAGUGAGCAGAGUGAGCAGAGUCAGUCGUCCGUCACGGAUAACGCUCACAACUCUGCCCACCUCAUCCAAUCUGGUUUGGACGGACUCGGGCCGCAGGAGGCGCGAGCGGUACGUCACCGACUGCGGCUGCGCCUAAAUGCGCUCACCGCGGACAGCAUGGUCUCUGGCCAGUGCCUGCAUGAGGCGAUUUCCGCGCUUGGUUUGACGAAGUUCUCCAUCCAGGAUAUGAACGAGUUCUUGAACCAGAUCGCGGAUUUCAUCAGCCUUACCUUCGAGGAUGCGGAAUCCGAGUCCGACGACGAUGUUGAGAGCUUCGCCACAUCUAUCAACAUGCUUUGGCUCAGGGAUGAGAGCCAAAAGCAUCACCACCGUCGCAAGCCGGUAUGGGCUUGGCCUGCCCGAGAGUCCUUCGGUAUCCGCCGCAGCAUGACGGCCCACAGCGUCUUCCCGGACCCACCGCCGGCCCCGAGGGCCACGCACAACGCAGCGCCCGCCCAGGCGAUCAUGGACAUCUUCUUGGCGAAGGAGGGCGAAGUGCACCGCCGGAUCUUCGGGCCGAAGCAUCUGAACCAGUUCCGAUCCAUCAAGGAGAUCCUACUUGCUGGGGAUACGAACCGCCUGGUGGCCGAGCUGACCUUUGUGCGGAUCAACGACUUGGCGUCUCCUCCGGAGAAGCUCCACCCGUUGAUGUACAUCGAGCCGCUGGUGGCCACGCUGAUCGUGGGCAAUGGCAUCAUGAUCGGCUUUCAGACUGACCCAGCGUACGCGAAUUGGGGGGGCUGGACGUAUCUGGAGAUCGGCUUUGCAGCCUGCCUCCUGCUGGAAAUCGGGCUGCGGAUGCACCUGCUGAGGUGCUGGGGUUAUUGGUGUGGCCCGGAGAAGUGGUGGAAUUGGUUUGACUUGCUCUUGGCCUGCACGGGCUUGUCGGACAUUUAUUUCGGGUUGUUCUUCGAGGCAACGGACUCGGUGGCUGGCACUUCGCUGCUCAGAUUUUGUCGCUUGAUCCGGCUGGUCCGCAUAGUGAAGGUCUUUCGCAUCAAGAUGCUGAAGGACCUGCGGCUCAUGGUGAAAGGCCUGGUGGCCGGGGUGAAGACUCUGAGUUUGGCAUUUGCCCUGCUUUUUGCCGUGUUGUACGUCAUCGCCGGCUUUGCAACCAUCUCCAUUGGCGUGGAUUCACGCACCCAGGCCAUCGGCCUUACAAGUUACUUUCAGAACAUCCCAGCCACGAUGUUCACGUCCUUCCGGUGCUUCAACGGGGAGUGUGUGAAUGAUGCUGGGCAGCCGAUUCCGUCGCUGCUGGCUGCCGAGUUUGGUCUCCCCUUCAUCCUGGGCUACGUGGGCAGCUACAUGUUAGUCACCAUGGGGAUUUUCAACGUGAUUUUGGGGGUGUACGUGGACAUCACCAUGCGGGCGGCCAAAGAGAACGAGGCGCAGUCAGCGGAGGCCCACAGUCGGGAGUCCAUCCGCAUCGCCCGGACCACUCGGGAGCUGCUCAAACGCUUCGCGGCGGCCUAUCACGUCUUUACAGAGCUGGAAGUGGACCCAACCUCUCCAGAAGACACGAAAGAUAGCAAGUUUUCGAAGUUGCCAUCCUCCGCGCUGCUGACAGAGGAUGACUUGAGGGACGUUGCUAUCACCAAGGAGCUGUUCCUGCUGGUUAUCCAAGACGGGCGGGUGCAGAAACUGAUGGACGAGCUGGAUCUUCCGCCGGACCGUGCGAAUCUGUUCGAGAUCAUCGAUGCAGAUAGCAGCGGCACGCUGCAGAUCGCGGAGUUGCUCCACGGUUUGCUGAAGAUUCGAGGUGAAAUCAACAAGAGUGACACCAUCGCGUCACUUCUGGCGACGAAGGCGGUGCAAAGCAUGCUCAGUGAGUUUAAAGAGGAGAGCAUGACGAUGAUGCGGUCGCUGAAUUUGGGUAUUUCCAACCGUCUCGAGAAGCUCGAGGAGCAAGGGGAGAGGAUGGAGGAAAAGUUGAUGGAGCCCGCCAGGAGCUUCGUCUCAUUUGCCAGUAGGAGGUCCUCUAUUUCGGAGAGGGCGCACUCGAAGGCAAUUGUGGAAACGACGAGCUCGAAGGGCCAGCCGCCUGCGCCGACGAGGAAGCUGCUGACACAGUUGCCCUUGAAAGACCUCCAGGCGUCGGAUGGCGCGGAGCCGGACGAGCCACCAAAGCCCAAAGAGGAUUUCCAGGAGUGGUCUAAAAGCAGGCUACGCCAGAUCCAGGAGUUGAGCCAGGAGCUGGACAAGCUUUUGUUGGAGCUGGUGGAGGCUCACGAGUGUUGUUACAGCAGCCCACGGUCUAGCAGCUCAACGAUCAUCGGUCCAAGCAGCAGGCCGCCGCGCGUGCCCAAGAUCAGCGCUUGCGUGGAGGAGACCAUGUUCCCAGUGUUCGAGCAUGCAGAGCCGCCGCCGGCGCCGCCGGCGCCGCCGGCGUCGAGGCCUGAGGUGAAACGCAAUUCCUUCAGGAAGAUGACUCCGCACCUGCCCGCAAUGAGUCUGGGGGAUAUCGAGGAGAGCUCGGAGGGCUCAGUUGCCUCGUCGCGGCGGCGCAGAGGCUCAGAGUUCUCACAGAGAACGGAGGGCAUGGAGGCUCUGAGCUCGACCAACCGUACGCCCGAGCUUGCUGGUGUUUUGUCACCCAUCGCAUCUGCACAAAUAAGCGGCGUGAAUACCAGUUCGCCAGCCACCGAGCAAGCGAGUGACCUGAGAAGUCGGGCGACUACCAAAGACAGGAUCCUUGUUCCUCCCUCACGCUUGGGGCGGCUUGUGAACAGCCAGUUCUUCGACAUCUUCUACAGCGUCGCGAUCAUCCUGAAUUGCAUGACGAUGGGUCUUCAAGCUGACAUGCUAGUGAAUGAGUAUGCGCCGGAAAGCGAGCAACUGGUCAUGAUGGCUGAGAACAUCCUCGUGGUCCUUUUCACCAUUGAGAUUUUCGCCAGAGUUUGGGUCUACGGCUGCACCGGGUACUUUGCCCUCAGGAACUGA